AUGGGGAUAUUAUACUCCGAGCCAAUUUGCCAAGCGGCUUAUGAUAACGACGUCCAUCAGGUUUAUCAUCUGCUUGUAGCUGAUGCCAAGAAGCUAAACGUUCAAGACCCAGAAUCUGGAGAUACACCAAUCAUUGCUGCUUGCAGACGUGGAAACCAUAGAGUUGUAAAGUACCUUCUGGAACAAAAUGCAGAUGUGUCUGUUAAAAACAAGAAGCAGAGGACUUGCCUGCACUAUGCUGCUAAAAGAACAUUCUCCUUCCUGGACUACUUGAUGAUUGCCAUUCUCAUGCCCAUCCUACUCAUUGGAUAUCUGAUAAUGGAGGAAAAACAGAGGAAAAAUGUGAAUCUGAUGAAGCUGGUUUUGAGCCAUAGAGUUGAUAUCAAUGCUGUAGACUAUAAAGGAAACACUGGGCUUCACUAUGCAUGCCAGAGAAAAAGCCACAGACUUAUUCCAUUAUUACUGGAGAAAAACGCUGAUAUUUCAAUAAAAAACAAUAAUAACGAGACACCAUUAGACAUAGCCCAAAGACUUCAGUUCAAGAAAAUUGUCACUAUGCUGAAGAAAUCAAACUGA